UGUGUCGACUGUUUAGAGAUUGGAGAGCGUUUGUUAAUGCCGGAUGCUUUCGAGAAAUCAAAAUUGAAGUGAUUUUCAAUAUCAGGAGAAAAGAAGAAGAAGAAGAAGAAGAAGAAGAAAGGAAUUCUAAGAAUGGGUGUUGCCAUCCUCUCCUCUUUCAUUUAUCUUCUUACAUUUCUCUCCAACGUCCAUUUUACUCCGCCAAGAGCUGAAAAAAUUCUGAAUUGCUGCGAGCCGGCAAGUAACAGAAACUUCCAAUCUCCCAACCAUGAAACCAUUCUUCCUUCAAACCAAGAAAACCCAAAACCCAAACCCAAAGAAGAAAUCCUCCUUCAAAUCCCAGGCUCUAUAGCUCACCUCAUCGAAGAUGCAGAGCCACUCGAACUCGCCAAAGGAGAUUUCACAGUCGUCAGACUUACUGAAGAAAAUGUCAUCCUUGCAAUCAUUGUAAGAAUCGGCUCUGAUCUUCAAUGGCCUCUGACCAAAGAUGAGGCGGUUGUCAAGCUCGAUCAGCUCCACUAUCUCUUCUCCUUGCCAAGCCAAGAUGGAGAAAUUUUGAGCUAUGCUAUCUCUUUCUCUGAACCCAAUGGCAGUUUCGCUUUGCUGGAUUCGUUUCUUCCAGAAAAUUCAUGCUUCUCGACACCAGCUUCUACUUCUUUUAACUCCACUGAUACUACUUCCUCGUUGGAUUCUCAUGGGCUAUAUUGGAAGGAUUUUGCUCCCAGGAUUGAAGAUUACAAUGGAGUUUUGGCUAAGACGAUUGCGGAAGGGACGGGUGAGAUUGUCAAAGGGAUUUUCAAGUGCACCAACGCUUACAUAAAACAGGUUCAAAAGGGUGGAGAGAUGAUUCGAGCUGGUGCUGCAGAGGGCAGGAACAGGAGCUCUACCACAGAGGGUAGUAAAAUCAGCAAAAGCAAAGCCGGGGAAAAGAAAAGCAGACUUCAGAAAGCCAUGAAACGGGUAAGGAAGCUGUCGAAAAUGACAGAGAAAUUGAGCCAAAGCCUGCUUAACAGAGUCAAGUUAGUCACUGGAUCUGUGACUGCACAACUGCUCCGAUCAAAAUCUGGCAAGGAAUUUCAGGCCUUGGUCCCAAGGGAGGUUCUGGUCGCUUCAUUGGAUGCUUUCAAUAAGAUCAUGGAUGCAAUGGAGGCUGCUGAAAAAGAGGCUUUCACUGCCACCUCAGGCACAGCAACAACAAUCGUCUCUGAAAGGUUUGGAGAGAGUGCAGGGGAGGUGACAGAAGAUGCAUUUGCCACUGCAAGGCAUGUCGUUGGCACAGCUUGGAACAUUUUCAAGAUCAGAAAGGUCAUCAAUCAGGCAUCGUUUCUCCCUUCAGCGAUAGUGAAGACUGCAGCAAAGAAGAAACCUUGAGCCUAUCAACCGUACCUUUAUCUAACCAUCCAUUGGAAGUUUAGUCCCUAUGCACUUUCAAAAUUUGGAUUUUCCAUUUUUGAAUGUGUAUAUGGAUUCAACCCUGCUGCCAAUGGAUGGCAGGAGAUAUGUGCAUACAACUUCUAUAUUACGGGUAAUUACAACAUGUUGCGGAAGAAUUAAGAUGCCAUAUUUUAAUGUAUUGCAUUAUAGGACAAGAAACAAGCUUUAAAUAUUGUAAGGUGCAGACAAGGGCUGAUAGCUUCUGUGGGUUUUCUUGUUCAAA